UUUACCCUUUGGUGGUUUUCUUCACAGUUCAAAAAUAUACAGAAGUAUUUGUCAGUAAAUCAGUGUUAGCGUCUAACAGCUGUGCUGUAGGGAAUGACAAUGAAGCAGUAGCAAAUUUGUGAUGAUAUCUGUUAAAUAGUAAAUCAUGUUCAGCCACCACGCAUCAUCUGGAAGUGUGUUCUCGGCCAACUCAAUCUUGAGAAAACUUGUCAAACCCAGCAAGGUUCAUGACGAGAGUGUCAUUGAAAUCAUCGACAAUGAAACUGAGCCUGGAAACAUAUUUUUGAUCAAUGCAUUAGUAACCUGUGUUAUGCCAGAAGAACACGGUGGAUGCAAUUAUGGUGUGAUAUAUUUUGACUUGAAUCAACAUUUUGAUUUAUUAUCUUUGAUUUCAAUGAUGGAAGAGCGUACAAAUGCUAAUGAAUCUAAGAUAAAAGAAUGGAUAAGAAAGUUUUAUAUUGUAAGAUGUGAUUCUGUUGAACAAUUGAUAAUCACACUCUAUUCAAUUGAACCUUUGAUUGCAAACAGCAAAAUACCUGUGAAAUUGUUAAUUCUUGAUGGACUGUCUACAUUUUAUUGGAACGAGCAAUGUGCUGGAGGUUUUUCUCAAUAUUUGAAAGAGCAAAAUUAUAGAAAACUGGUGAAAGCUUUAGACUUAUUUCAUAAAAAAUAUAACCUUUCUAUUUUGGUUCGUACUCUUGAAAUGUUUCCACCAAUCACUGCAGAAAAUGCUGACCAGGAAUUUGACCCGAGAAACCUAAAAUUAUAUGGUGAUUUUUGGGAGAAUUUUGUAAUAUAUCGUUUUAUUUUAAAAUUCAAAAAAUCAUCAACCACCAGUAAGAUUGAUGAUAUUAAUCGGACAGAUGUAGUUCUUAGUUGUUUUUCACCUGGCCAUUAUGAUGUAUCAUUUUCUCUGAAAGGCAUUGUAGUGAAAUAGUUCUACUCCUUUUUACUGGAAUAAUUGAGUUAAUUUUUAUCGGUUGCUGCAAAUAGUUUAGUACUAAUUUUUUAGUUACACAUAUAUUAUUAAAAUGACAAAGUUUCAUAUGAUAUUCUGUGGCAAUUUUUUCCAAGCAAAUAUUUCAAGCAUUGGUCGAUAUUUUAUUAGAAUUGAGUAACUGUGAGUUGACAUUUUCUCAAUAACUUAUCUCCGCUGAUUUUUUGAGCUUGUUAUUGCCUAUACAUACAGACAUAUGCUGCUAUCCAAUUAGCAUAAUGUAUGUAUGUAUGUUUAUUCGUCUUGUAAAAGCAAUGAACAAAGUUAGAGUAUUCAGGAUAUUUAAAGAGUUAUUUAGUGAUAAUUGUAGCCCUGUCAUACAAGGAGACUCUGGUCUAUUUUACUCUGCUGUGAUGUUGCAUUCUCUCGUUACAGUCUGACAGUGUGAUCAUUCUAGCUCACCGUACUCAUUUUUGAUGUGUGAGAAAAAUUGAAAAAAACUUAGGUAUAAUUGUUUUAACACUACAUAUGUUUAAACAGUUUUUAUAAUCUAUAGA